AGUAUGAAAGUGUACUGAAUCAAAAUAAAGAGUAAUCUUGAAGUUUGCUUUGAUUCUUGUUUGUUAUUGCUCUAAAAGGUCAACCUAUGUAUAGUAAGAAUUAUAACUUUUUCUUUUUCUUUUUCUUGUUCAUUUAUUAUUUUCUUGACCAUCUUAAUUAAUUCCACUCCACAGACCAUAUUCCAUAUUCUACGGAUUCAUUCAUCUCGUUUUAAAGCACCAUCAUACCUUCCAACACCCCACACCGCCUCACCAAUUAUUUCCCUUCAUAAUAUCUUCGAUUGGAUUCCUCUUCUUCAUAUACACAUCCAUCAUCAAUUCAUUCAUAAAUUCGACAAUCAGAUGGGGUUUGAUGGUCUUUCUGACGAAGGUCUUGCCUUAGGACUAAGCCUUAACUCAUCGCCAUCAAUGGUCAAACCCAACUCCGUGGGUUCCACAAAGCUGCCGUGGGUGACGGAGACCAUGGCGAGUUUUGAGCCGUCGUUAACAUUAGGUCUUUCGGGAGAUGGUAAUAAGAAAGUUGUGGUAGGAGGAGGUGGUGAUGAUCAUGGUGGUUUGUGUCGGCAGGAUAGUACGGUAAUCAGUGGUGGAGGUUCUUCAUUUUCGAACGUGAGUGUGAAGAGGGAGAGAGAGGUUGGGAGUGAAGAAUCGGAGAGAGUUUCAAAUGAUAAUAAUUAUUCACGAGUGAUGAGCACAACAAGUGUUGAUGAUGUUGAAGAUGAUGAUGGUAGUAUUAAUGGUAGGAAGAAACUUAGACUCACGAAACCACAGUCCGCUCUUCUUGAAGAAGCCUUCAAACUUCAUAGCUCUUUAAACCCUCAGAAACAAAAGCAAGAACUAGCAAGAGAGCUAAAGCUGAGGCCCAGGCAAGUUGAAGUUUGGUUCCAAAAUCGAAGAGCCAGGACGAAGCUGAAGCAAACCGAAAUGGACUUUGAACACUUGAAGAAAUGUUGCGAGACGUUAAGGGAUGAUAACCGAAGACUCCAUAAAGAGCUUCAAGAACUAAAAGCACUCAAGUCAUCGCAACCCUUUUACAUGCAACUGCCGGCCGCCACCCUAACCAUGUGUCCGUCAUGUGAAAGGAUCGGAGACACCAAAUCCUCCGCAGUCAAGAACCCUUUUAAUAUGGCUGCGAAACCACACUACUUUAACUCCUUCACUAAUCCGUCGGCUGCCUGUUGAUUAAAUUUCAUGUGUGGUUAUCUAGUCAUACACAAAUAUAUAUAGUUUGAAUAUAUAUAUAAAGAAUGUUACUUAAAUCUUCCAUGCAUAACCCUACCUUUUUUAGAGUCAAGGGUUUGGCUUGAAUUGAUUAGUGUAUGUUAUUUCGGUAGAAAAUUAUUAGAAUUUUCUACUUUUUUUUUUUUGCUUUUUUUUCUUUGUGAGGUUUUCUGUGAGUAAAAAAUAGCUAGCAUUUGUCGAUGAAAUGAAUAACAUGUCUACUAUUAUGUAUUUAUUUAUCCAACACAUCUUACAUCACUA